UUCCCCCUGGUGGACGCAUGUGCGACACGUCGAUGACAUUUUUUGUUAACCAAGUGAACAAAUAUGCAACAAACACACGUAAUAUCGAUAUUCGACACACUUUGAGUUGAAAUGGGAACAGAAGGAGAAGGAAAGCGUGAUUCGGGAGGAAGCUGGAGUCCGAGUGAUGAGGACGUUGAGAAGUGGAUGGACUCUGCUUUCCAAAUGGCCAGAGACGCCCUGGAGAAUGGAGAGGUGCCAGUCGGCUGCCUGUUGGUCUACAAGAACGAGAUCGUGGGGAAAGGACGGAAUGAAGUCAACGAGACUAAAAAUGCGACUCGUCAUGCAGAGAUGGUCUCCCUGGACCAGCUGCUGGACUGGUGUCGCCGUGGCGACCUGGAUGUGAGGAGUGUCUGUGAGCGGACGGUGCUAGUCCCUCUUCUCCUCCUCAGUCUUUCCUCUGAGUUGUUGGCUCCUCACCGGCUGUCAGACAUCCCUCUGGUCGUGUACGGCUGCAGGAACGAGCGCUUCGGCGGCUGCGGAUCAGUUCUGGACGUCUCCUCCGCUGACCUGCCUCGAACCGGGACCGCCUUCAAGUGUGUUCCGGGUCACCGAGCAGAAGAGGCCGUGGAGAUGCUGAAGACUUUCUACAAACAGGAGAACCCAAACGCCCCGAAACCCAAAACCAGGAAGGACUGAUCUGCCAGGAUGGACUGAUCAUGUGUUUUUGUGUUAUUUUUUUAUGUAAUAAAGCACAUUUUGUAUUUAUUCUA